AACUCAUAAAAAAUAAAAAGAUUGCGAAAAUUCUCAACACAUAACUUCCGAUUAAAAUGAAAACAAACGCAACUUGUUGAUUAAAUAAAACGUCUUAUCAAAUAUAGAACUGAUUUGAGGUUGUCACUUGAUUAACUCAUUACAGAUUGCAACAUUUCAUAAGAAACUUAUCUAUUAUCGUAUCGCGAUUUUAACUCUAAUAAAGAAGAAAACCUUGAACUGAAUUCAAUGAAUAUAAAAGCGCAACAAGUUUCUGUACAUUCAUCAGUUGAAAAGAAAUCGUGAAAAUGAAUUUUUCAGUCAUUUUAUUUUUUGUCGUCAUUCAAACCAUCUUGGCAACGCCAUUCGUUGAAGAUAAAUUUCUAGGAGAUUCUGAAUUGUCCAAAGAUGGAUCUGGUUAUGUCACAGUUCCAUACACUUUCGAUGACUCAGCAGGCUACAGUGAAGUUGAGAAAAUGACAAUAGUCGAAGGUCUGGAACAACUCGCGGCUAAAACUUGCAUUAAAUUCGUUUUAAGAACAGAUGAAAGCGAUUAUAUUGAAAUAAUGAAUGGCAAUGGUUGUUCAUCUUAUCUCGAGUGUGUGAAGAAGGGAAAUGCCAUGCAUGACUUCUUUGAUGGUUUAGGAUGUUCGCACAUGCACAGUCUUGACAGAGAUCAAUAUUUAACUGUGAAUUUCGAUGAAGUUCCUGCAGAAAAAAGCUUCAAUUAUGCGAUGAUCAAUGAUGAUGAAAUACCGGCUGAUGAAGACGAAACAAUUGAUCGAGAUGAAACCGACUAUUACAGCAUUAUUGGUCAAAAAUUGAGAAUUAGAAUUAAAAUAAAAAUUAAUAAAAUUUGUAUAUUAAGCAAAUGCUAAGAAAAAAACAGGAAAUGAAAUGUUGUCAUCAAAUAAUUUUAAUUCAAUUCCAAUAAAGUUUGAAUAAAAUUUCAAUAAAAUAUUUCCAAAUGAUUCCAUUGAUCAUGCAGAUAAAUUUGUUCCUUACAAAAGUUCUUGAAAAUGCAUUUGAAUUAUUGUAAUUGUAAUGACUUAAUUUUUUUCAUAAAUUCUU